UCCCAGCUGCUUUUUCCGUAGCGGACCCUCUCACGCAGUUCUUCAGCAAUCCUCCUACCAUUCUUUACCCUCCUUCUUUGACCUUCCUAUUAGUACUUCAUUCAUUUCUAUAUCUGCCUCCCCCCUCCCCUUCCCUCUGUCUCUCCACUUCUCUCUCUCUCUCUCUCUCUCUCUCUCUCUCUCUCUCUCUCUCUCUCUCUCCGCCUCUUGUUGGCCUUUGAUUUGCUUGCUGUUUGGGGAGUUCGGAGAGAUGAAGAAAGUUGUAGUGAAACUAGACUUGCAUGAUGACAAAGACAAACAGAAGGCUCUCAAGACUGUCUCCACCCUUCCAGGAAUCGAUUCCAUUUCAAUGGACAUGAAGGAGAAGAAACUGACGGUGGUUGGGGCAGUCGACCCUGUCAACGUUGUGAGCAAACUCAGGAAAUUCUGGCCGACCGAUAUGUUCUCAGUAGGCCCAGCGAAGGAGCCUGAGAAGGAGAAGAAAGAAGAGCCGAAGAAGGAGGAACCCAAGAAGGAGGAGCCGAAGAAGGAGGAGCCCAAGAAAGAGGAACCCAAGAAGGAGGAGCCCAAGAAAGAGGAACCCAAGAAGGAGGAGCCCAAGAAAGAGGAACCCAAGAAGGAUCCCCACGAGCAGAUGAUGACCGAGCUCAUCAAUGCCUACAAAUCUUACCAUCCUCAACUCACCACACAUUACUAUGUCCACAGUGCAGAGGAGAAUCCAAAUUCUUGUUCCAUCUUGUAAGUGAUUACGUGGAAACAGGGAAGGUUUUAUUUAAGUCUUACAAGAAAUAAUUUGAGCCUUCCCAACCAGCUGCGGAAUUAAAGAAGUGACUCUGCAUAGAUGGUGGGUGGUUGCUUCAAGAUUUCCCGUUUCUGUUAGAAGGUAUGUUUCAUGGUGAACGAAUAAGUUCUAUGGGUUGCUUGAGCUUUCGAUGUCUAGGAAAUAUGUACAGAAUAUUUAAAUAAACUUCUGUAUCUGGUUUCUGAGUAUAUAUGUCUGUAAGAAGCGGCCUUAAGAAACUUUUGAUUUCUUAUUCUACAUGGUUUCUCACUUUUGGAAUUGCAUCUUUCACUGAAAUAAAUGGGAAUAUAAAGCUAUGGCAGGAGUUUUAAA